UAAAGAUUGAUUCACUUCCUGCUUGGGUCUUACUGAAACUCCCGAGCUUCGCCAGCCUAAUUUGGAAAGCGAGCUCGGCCUCCCGCACCACCAUUGGCUGUGUUUAUGCCUGGCCAGGCCAAGUCGCACUGCGAUUGGCCUCUGCGGGUGCCGGUAACCCGCGCUAGCGGCUUUGGUUCCCCCGCACCAUAGAUGUCAAAGGCUGAAGCUGCUCCCUUUGCCACAUUAUAACUAGUAGAGGAUCCUCAUCGACCAUGGCCACAGCUGCCUCGAAUCCCUACAGCAUUCUCAGUUCCAGCUCCCUCGUCCAUGCGGACUCCGCGGGCAUGCAGCAGGGAAGUCCUUUUCGCAAUCCUCAGAAACUUCUCCAAAGUGACUACUUGCAGGGAGUUCCCAGCAAUGGGCAUCCCCUCGGGCAUCACUGGGUGACCAGUCUGAGCGAUGGGGGCCCGUGGUCCUCCACAUUGGCCACCAGCCCCCUGGACCAGCAGGACGUGAAGCCGGGACGUGAAGAUCUGCAACUGGGCGCAAUCAUCCAUCACCGCUCGCCGCACGUAGCCCACCACUCGCCCCACACUAACCAUCCGAACGCCUGGGGAGCGAGCCCGGCUCCAAACUCGUCCAUCACGUCCAGCGGCCAACCUCUCAAUGUGUACUCGCAGCCAGGCUUCUCGGUGAGCGGUAUGCUGGAGCACGGGGGACUCACUCCACCACCAGCGGCUGCCUCCACACAGAGCCUGCAUCCAGUGCUCCGGGAGCCUCCAGACCAUGGUGAGCUGGGCUCGCACCACUGCCAGGACCACUCCGAUGAAGAGACUCCAACCUCUGAUGAGUUGGAACAGUUCGCCAAACAAUUCAAACAAAGAAGAAUCAAGUUGGGUUUCACGCAAGCCGACGUGGGGCUGGCACUGGGCACCCUGUAUGGCAACGUGUUCUCGCAGACUACCAUCUGUAGGUUCGAGGCCUUGCAACUGAGCUUCAAGAACAUGUGCAAGCUGAAACCGCUGCUAAAUAAGUGGCUGGAGGAGGCUGAUUCAUCCACAGGAAGCCCGACCAGCAUUGACAAGAUCGCCGCUCAGGGCCGCAAACGCAAGAAGCGAACCUCCAUCGAGGUGAGUGUCAAGGGCGUACUGGAAACGCAUUUCCUCAAGUGUCCCAAGCCUGCAGCGCAGGAGAUCUCCUCGCUGGCAGACAGUCUCCAGUUGGAGAAAGAAGUGGUGCGUGUCUGGUUCUGUAACAGAAGACAAAAAGAAAAAAGAAUGACUCCGCCAGGGGAUCAGCAGCCACAUGAGGUUUAUUCGCACACGGUGAAGACAGACGCGUCCUGCCACGAUCUCUGACUGGAGGAAGCAAGGAGGUGGCCCGCUGCACUGGGAGCAGUGCUGAUCCAAUUCUCUCUUUACCUUCCUUUUAGCAUUACAUUCUUUAUUAUUGCUGUCUCUCUAGCUUGCUAGCUCUUCCUUUCUUUCACAGGGGUUUGUAACUUCUUAUGACUUAUGUUAAGAAAAGAAACACACACGCGCAUACACACACGCGCAUACACGCGCGCGCACACAUUCACGCACACACAUGCACACACACACACACACACACACACACACACACAUUCGGGCUUCUCAACUCUGAAACACAAUUACAUUAAGCAGUCCAGGUGGGGACCCCGUAUUCCCUGCUGCCAGGACAAUUUCCCUCCAACCUUUUUCUGCUGAUCAAUAUAUAUUGUUUACUCGGAGUAAGAUUUGUUUGGUUGCUCCUCUCUAAGAAGGGCAAGGAGCUGGGUAACGGGUGGGGGGCGGGAGAGGGUGGGAAGACAGAUGUGUGCCUAUGAAUAACCUUUCAGCGCCUUGGUUAUAGCAGCUGUAUUUCAGGUGAAAUCUGUUUUACAAUAGACUAGUUUUGCAUUUUUUAAAACUUCUAUAGCGUUUCUAAAUGUCUGCAGUGUUUUACUACAAGCUGUACACAAUAUUUGUGAGAUAAUUUGUAUCUAAUCGACCACUCCACAUUAUUAUUGCUAUUAUUAUUAUUUCUUCAUUGAGCUGAUGGGUUUUUAAUUGCUUAAAAAAAAAGGGAGGGGAGGCUGGAAGGAGGAGAGAGAAAAAUGCUCACCUCCUGCACUCCCACACUUUUGAAUCUGCAUGGAGAGCAGAGGAGAGGGUAAGGUGGAGAAAGUUGUUGCUGUUUCUAUUUUUCCUGGGGACUGAGUGCCUAUAUGGGCAGAACAAGCAAACUGAAUGGGUUUCCAAAAUAGCCUGAAGGCUAUUUCGCUGCUUUUUUCCCCCCCUCCACCGACUUUCACGGAACUGUGGAGUCCUGGAAGGUUCCACAGCACAGAUCCCGGUGCCCCAGAAGGAUUCAGCUGUGGUGCGAAGAAUGGGGUGUGAGCGACCAGAAGGAUUCUGAAUUCACCAAGGUCGUGAUUGCCUGUGCGGGAAGUUUCCCACAGGCUGCAGGCUUAGUCGGGUUGACAACCAGCGCUACCCUACUUACACUCUCCUAGAUGAAAGACUUGGCCUUCACAAAUGGUGGCUUUCAACUGAGACCACUACCCAAAGACGAUGGCGACUUGGCGACCAAUUGGGCCAGCGCCUCCCAGUUCAGUUCACCUCCAGUUCGCCGCUCGCUCUCAGGGUGAGAAACGCUCUCGGUAGGGCGGUGGGGGGAUAGGCAUCCUCAGCUUCGUGCGGAGAGACAAUAAAAUAAUUGGCAAAAGUCACGAAGAUUUUGGUCCAGCCGCACACCACCUCCUCCCUCUUGUACAUACCAAGGUCUGAGUGAGCUCUUGGGGAGCCCUUCUCAGUGUCUUUGACAAGCACAGCUGGUGGAAGCCCAUGGCGCAGAUCGAGCGAGCUAGCGAGCGCCUGGGCGGCUAAGUUUAAGCUUUUUUUUUCUUUUAAAAAUCUGUGUGUAUGUGUUUCUGUGCGUGUGUGGCGUGCGCGUGCAAACGUAUGUGUGUAGAUAGCUGUGUGUACCGUAUUACU